GCAAACACGUCAGCUGAUGAGAAAAAUCAAGUGACCGGUCACAUGACAAGCAAAGUCUAUCAAGAUGGCUACGAGGCAGGAGCCUGUGUACUGGCUGGGGAAUGACACCCUGCGGGUCUCCAUGGCCCUGUUCGCCGAGAACCGCCGCCGGCUGUGUGAGCGGCUGAGGGCCAAGUCCGAGGUGGCCAGGAGGUCGGUGGUCGUGCUGCAGGGCGGGGAGCAGACCCGGAAGCACUGCACCGACACGGACCUGCUCUUUCGCCAGGAGUCUUUCUUCCACUGGACCUUCGGUGUGACAGAGCCAGACUGCUAUGGGGCAAUCGAUGUUGACAGUGGGAAGUCCAUCCUGUUCGUCCCCAAACUGCCUGAAAGUUACGCCACCUGGAUGGGAAAGAUCCAUACCCGGGAGCACUUCAAAGACAAGUAUGGACUGCACGAGGUUCACUACACCAGCGAUAUUGCUGAUGUCUUGGCCAACAUGAACCCAGCAGUUCUCCUUACACUGCGUGGGCUGAAUACAGAUAGUGGAAGCACCUGCCGCGAAGCCUCCUUCGAAGGAAUCAGUCGGUUCCAAGUCAACAAUGUUCUUCUGCAUCCUGAAAUAGUGGAGUGCCGCCUGAUUAAAACAGAUAUGGAGCUGGAGGUCCUGCGAUACACUAACCGGAUCUCAAGUGAAGCCCACAAAGAGAUAAUGAAGAAUGUAAGACCUGGGAAGAAAGAGUAUGAAAUGGAGAGUCUGUUCCAGCAUUACUGCUACUCUCGUGGAGGGAUGCGCCACACCUCCUAUACCUGCAUCUGUGGAAGUGGCCACAACUCUUCCAUCCUUCAUUAUGGCCAUGCUGGUGCUCCCAAUGACAAGACAAUUGAAGAUGGAGAUAUAUGCCUGUUUGACAUGGGUGGAGAGUAUUACUGCUACUCCUCUGACAUCACCUGCUCCUUCCCGGCUAACGGCAAGUUUACCGCUGACCAGCGGGCCAUAUAUGAGGCAGUGCUGAAGUCAUCGCGCGCGGUCAUGGCUGCCAUCAAACCUGGGGUGGCGUGGCCGGACAUGCACCGCCUGGCUGACCGCGUCCACCUGGAGGAGCUGCUGAGGAUUGGCAUCCUGCGGGGCAGCGUGGACGACAUGGUGAAGGCACACCUGGGCGCCGUGUUCAUGCCACACGGCCUGGGCCACCUGCUGGGCAUCGACGUGCACGAUGUCGGGGGAUAUCCGGAGGGCGUGGAGCGGAUCGACGAGCCGGGCCUGCGGAGCCUGCGCACGGGCCGCGUGCUGCAGGAGCGCAUGGUGCUGACGGUGGAGCCCGGGAUCUACUUCAUCGACCACCUGCUGGACCAGGCGCUGGCCUCCCCGGCCCAGAGCUGCUUCAUCAACCGCGACGUGCUGAGCCGGUUCCGGGGCUUCGGAGGGGUCCGUAUCGAGGAUGACAUCGCUGUGACUGCUGAGGGAAUGGAGCUGCUCACCUGUGUCCCGCGCACCGUGGAGGAAGUCGAGGCCUACAUGGCGGAGGGGCAGGGCUCUGCCAAGUCCUUCGACUGCCUGGCCAGCCAGAAACUCUGAGCGCCUCGGCCCCGCCCCCCACUCCCAACUGCAUUCAUUAGCAUUGCGCAUCACGGCACUAAUUCAGCUUUUAUCCUUCUGUAAAACAAGACGCCAGGUCUUGAAAUAAAGGCUAAGAUGCUUCAAGGGAAAGAUCCAAGACUCUGAUCAAAUCUGCGUUGUCAGCCACAGCUUUAAAAGAGAUUAAUCAUAAUGAGAAAAGAAUUGCCGAAUUUCAGAAACCUGCCUUUGAUCUUGCGGAGAAGUGAAAAUGAAGAUUCGGUGGAUGCUGGCUCCUUUCAGGGCGCUUGCAAUUUUUAAAGAAAGUAUGAAAAAAGGUGAAAACAAGAGAAGUGUAAUCUGCACCUGCCUGUGGGGGUACAGUUAGUAUACACUCUUCAUUGUGUAAUAUCAUUUAUCACUUGCACUGCAGAUUGUAGUACUGAUUUUUCAAGAUGAGCAAAGAUCAUCACUGUGGCUAGACUGUGUCAGGAACUGUGAAAAGCAAACAGCUGUUAUUAGAAACCACUUAUGCAACAGUUUUUCAGGUGGAUUUCUUUGUCAGCGGAUAUAAUCGUGAAUCCAGAAGGAGGUGACAAAGAACAAUCCAGCAAUGUUACUUUCUAUGACAGCAGAAAACCAGCCACGCUUACUUGAUCUCGUAGCAUCUUACAUAUAUGAUACAUUAUAAUUUUUCUAGCCCUAAUAAGGUGCUUUAUGGAGAGCAUUUAUCAAACUAGUUUACUCUGCUUUGCAUUCAUCGACAGCAUGAUUUUUACAAAUUGCAAAAAAAGUUUUUCAGUUUGACUAAUAAACUUCAUAUAUAACUGCA